ACCAACAACAACACCAACUCCAACAACAACUACAACACCAAUUCCAACAACAACUACAACACCUUCCCCUACAACAACUCCAACAACAACUACAACAACAACCCCGACAACAACAACACCAACUCCAACACCAACCCCGACAACUAUGGCACCAACCCCAACAACAACUACAACACCAUCUCCAACAACAACUACAACACCAACAACAACUGCAACUACAACUCCAACAACAACUACAACUGCAACAACAACUACAACACCAACUACAACACCAACCCCGACAACCACAACAACUACGACACCAAGCCUGACAACAACAACAACAACACCAACUCAAACAACAACAACAACUCCAAUAACAACACCAACUGCAACAACAACUACACAAUCAACAACUACAACGGAAACUCCAACAACAACUACAACACCAACUCAAACAACAACUACAACACCUUCCCCUACAACAACAACAACUCCAACAACAACACCAACUGCAACAACAACUACAACAGCAAACCCGACAACAACACCAACUCCGACAACAACUACAACACCUUCCCCUACAACAACUCCAAUAACAACUACAACAACAACAACAACACCAACUGCAACCACAACUACAACACCAACUACAACAACAACUACAACACCUUCCCCUACAACAACUACAACACCAACCCCGACAACAACUACAACACCAACACCUUCCCCUACAACAACUACAACUCCAACAACAACUACAACGGCAACAACAACUACAACACCUUCCCCUACAACAACUACAACUAUAACACCAACAACAACUACAACACCAACUACAACACCAACUGAAACAACAACUACAACACCAACCCCGACAACCACAACAACUACGACACCAAGCCUGACAACAACAACAACAACACCAACUCAAACAACAACUACAACAACAACUCCAAUAACAACACCAACUGCAACAACAACUACAACAGCAAAUCCGACAACAACACCAACUCCGACAACAACUACAACACCAACUCCAACAACAACUACAACACCUUCCCCUACAACAACUCCAAUAACAACAACAACAACUCCAACAACUAUAACACCGACCUCUACCACUACAACAACAAUUCCAACAACAACUACAACACCUUCCCCUCCAACAACAACAACUCCAACAACAACUCCAAUACCAACAACAACACCAACACCGACUCCAAUAACAACUAUAACACCAACAACAACUACAACACCAACUACAACACCAACUGAAACAACAACUACAACACCAACCCCGACAACAACUACAACACCAACUCCAACACCAACUGCAACCACAACUACAUCACCAACUUCAACAACAACUACAACACCUUCACCUUCAACAACUCCAACAACAACUACAACACCAACCCCGACAACAACAACACCAACUACAACACCAACCCCGACAACAACUACAACACCAACACCUUCCCCUACAACAACUACAACUCCAACAACAACUACAACGGCAACAACAACUACAACACCUUCCCCUACAACAACUACAAAUAUAACACCAACAACAACUACAACACCAACAACAACUCCAAUAACAACUAUAACUGCAACAACAACUACAACACCUUCCCCUACAACAACUACAACUAUAACACCAACAACAACAACAACAACAACACCAACUCAAACAACAACUACAACAACAACUCCAAUAACAACACCAACUGCAACAACAACUACAACAGCAAACCCGACAACAACCCCUACCACUACAACUACAACACCAACAACGACUACAACACCAACCCCAUCAACAACUACAACUGCAACUCCAACAACGACUCAAACACCCACAAUAACUACUACAUCAACCCCAGAAACACCAUCAACGACUACAACACCCCUGACAACAACAACAACAACACCAACUCAAACAACAACAACAACUCCAAUAACAACACCAACUGCAACAACAACUACACCUACAACAACAACAACUCCAACAACAACACCAACUGCAACAACAACUACAACAGCAAACCCGACAACAACACCAACUCCGACAACAACUACAACACCUUCCCCUACAACAACUCCAAUAACAACUACAACAACAACAACAACACCAACUGCAACCACAACUACAACACCAACUACAACAACAACUACAACACCUUCCCCUACAACAACUACAACACCAACCCCGACAACAACUACAACACCAACACCUUCCCCUACAACAACUACAACUCCAACAACAACUACAACGGCAACAACAACUACAACACCUUCCCCUACAACAACUACAACUAUAACACCAACAACAACUACAACACCAACUACAACACCAACUGAAACAACAACUACAACACCAACCCCGACAACCACAACAACUACGACACCAAGCCUGACAACAACAACAACAACACCAACUCAAACAACAACUACAACAACAACUCCAAUAACAACACCAACUGCAACAACAACUACAACAGCAAAUCCGACAACAACACCAACUCCGACAACAACUACAACACCAACUCCAAUAACAACUACAACACCUUCCCCUACAACAACUCCAAUAACAACAACAACAACUCCAACAACUAUAACACCGACCUCUACCACUACAACAACAAUUCCAACAACAACUACAACACCUUCCCCUCCAACAACAACAACUCCAACAACAACUCCAAUACCAACAACAACACCAACACCGACUCCAAUAACAACUAUAACACCAACAACAACUACAACACCAACUCCAACAACAACUAUAACACCAACACCUACCCCGACAACAACAACAACUCCAAUAACAACUACAACUGCAACAACAACUACAACACCUUCCACUACAACAACUACAACUAUAACACCAACAACAACUACAACACCAACUACAACACCAACUGAAACAACAACUACAACACCAACCCCGACAACCACAACAACUACGACACCAAGCCUGACAACAACAACAACAAAACCAACUCAAACAACAACUACAACACCUUCCCCUACAACAACAACAACUCCAACAACAACUCCAAUAACAACACCAACUGCAACAACAACUACAACAGCAAACCCGACAACAACACCAACUCCAACAACAACUACAACACCUUCCCCUACAACAACUCCAAUAACAACUACAACACCAACAACAACACCAACUGCAACAACAACUACAACACCAACUACUACGACAACUACAACUGCAACAACUACAACACCAACCCCGACAACAACACCAACUACAACACCAACCCCAACAACAACACCAACUCCAACAACAACUAUAACAACAACUAUAGCACAAACCCCAACAACAACUACAACACCAACUCCAACAACAACUACAACACCAACAACAACACCAACUGCAACCACAACUACAACUCCAACAACAACUACAACUGCAACAACAACUACAACACCAACUACAACACCAACCCCGACAACAACAACAAUACCAACCCCUACAACCACAACACCAACUCCAACAACAACUACAACACCAAUUCCAACAACUACAACACCUUCCCCUACAACAACUCCAAUAACAACUACAACACCAACAACAACACCAACUCUACCAACAACUACAACACCAACUCCAACAACAACUACAACACCAACCCCGACAACAACAACACCAACUCCAACACCAACCCCGACAACUAUGGCACCAACCCCAACAACAACUACAACACCAUCUCCAACAACAACUACAACACCAACAACAACAACAACUGCAACCACAACUACAACUCCAACAACAACUACAACUGCAACAACAACUACAACACCAACUACAACACCAACCCCGACAACAACUACAACACCAACCCCGACAACAACAACAAUACCAACCCCUACAACCACAACACCAACUCCAACAACAACUACAACACCAACUCCAACAACAACUACAACACCUUACCCUACAACAACUCCAAUAACAACUACAACACCAACCCCGACAACAGCUACAACUCAUACAACAACCCCGACGGCAACAACAACUACAACAACCCCAACAACAAAUACAACUGCAGUACCAACAACCCCUGCCAUCACAAAAAAGCAAGUGGUGUUCAGAUCUGUUCUGCAAACAUUCACAACCGACUUGUUGGAUACAUCAUCUACUGCUUUUAAAGGAAGAGCUGAUAACAUAAAGAGUCAGCUUGAACCUCGGUACAAAAAUAAGUUCCCCUACUUGUUUUCCUUUGAAGUGGUGAAAUUCAGAAAUGGAUCAAUCGUCAAUGUUUUUGACCUCACCUUCAAUGGCACAUCUUCUCCUAACAACACUGCGAUUUCAGAUGUUUUGCUCAAUGCAACUUCAUCAGUCAUUGGCUUCGACAUUGAAGGCAGCUCCGUGACCGUAGAUGGCAUAGGUACAACUACAACUACAAGUCCAACUCUAACACCAACAACACCAACACAAACCACAACACCUACCCCAACAACAACUACAACACUGACCCUGACAACAACACCAACCGCGACAACAACUACAACACCUUCCCCUACAACAACUACAACUCCAACAACAACAACAAUACCAACUGCAACAACAACUACAACACCAACCCCGACAACAACACCAACUACAACACC